AUGCCAAAGCUAGAAGAAGAGAACAAGUUUUAAACAGAACUUAAAGCUGUUGUACUAGCUAAUGAAACUGAAGAUGCUGUCUAAGUUUUCUAAGUUAUCUAUUGUAUAGCUUGCUAAGAAAAAAUAUUCGAUUUAUAAUCUAAAUUAUUUUAAUUAGAUUAUAUGCACUCUCCAUUCACAAAUUUAUAAUUUUCAACACAAUUACAUAUGUUAUUAAUAAUUUUUUAUCCUUUUUUAUUACAUUCAAUGCAUGAAUUAUCUAAAAAUAAAUACUUUUAUGAAGGGCAUGUUAUACAAUCUUUGGAUGAAGGUCCAUUACAAGAUUAGCAAGUUUAAUGGCAAGUUUCACAUUUUUAUCCACUAAUAGACUAUCCAGAUUAGUUUUAGUCUAUGCUUUUGUACAAAUAUUAUUAUUAAGGGCAUGAUAAGCAGUUACUAGAUGAUGGUCCAUUACAAGUUAAGCAAGCUUUAUCACAAGAAAUACAUUUUUAUCCAGCAAUAUAUAAUCCUAUUUAAUUACAAUCAACACAUGAAUUAUCUGAAAAUAAAUAUUUUUAUGGAGGGCAUGUUAAGCAAUUUUAUGAUGUAGGUCCAUAACAAGAUUAGCAAGUCUAAUGA